UUGCAUUCGCAGUUGCAGGCUAAAAUGACUCCAGCGCCAUUGCCAGAUUGGUUGACCCAGGAAUAUAUGCAGUCGAAGCUUAGGUUGCACUACAAGGAUGACAAGUUGUUGGUACAUAAGCUCUGGUCUAAUGCGGCUACAGCAAAGGGUGAUAAUUAUGUGGGCAUCAUAACACGCUUAAACGUGGAAUUUCAAUUAGCCAAUGGCGCAGUGCAGCAGUCGACGUAUCUAUCAAAGGAAACCGUGCCUGAGGAUGCACCGCAGGCAGAGGUAUUUGCAGACUACGGUGUGUACCAGCGUGAAAUGGACAUGUAUGAGUUUGUAUUGCCCAAGAUGACGCAGCUGCUGCGUGAAGUGGGCAUUAAGGACAAGCUGCAUGCAGAUGCAAUUGCAGUAGAUAGGGAGCAUAUGAUUGUCAUACUUGAGGAUUUGGCCACACUAAAGUACAGCAAUGCAGAUCGUGUGCAGCAACUGGACUUCGAGCAUGUCAAGAUUACCUUAGCCAUGUUGGCCAAAUAUCAUGCCGCGUCUGCGGUGCUGAAGCAGCGUUAUCCAGCACUGCUGGAACACAAUUUCGUCAAAAGCUUUUUUACACGCGGCCUCAAGGGCUAUGCUAUGGUCUUUCAAACGCUUUUUAAGGCGCUAAUACGUCAUGUCGAAGCUCAGCCCAAGCUAGCGGCUCGUUACUUGCAGAAAUUACAGCACAUGCUGCCCAAUAUUAUGGAAUACGGUGCACGCUGCUUCGAUGUAACUGACACGGACUUUCAGACACUCACACAUGGCGACUGUUGGACCACGAACAUUAUGUUCCAGCACGAUGCAGCGGGCAAGCCAACCACAGUCGUGCCCAUUGACUUUCAGUUCAGUGUGGUCAGCUCACCUGUUGUGGAUCUACUUUAUUUCUUUGCCACCUCCCUACAAGAGCCACUGCGUGCGAGAGAGACAGAGCUAUUGCAGUAUUAUCACAUCGAAUUGCAGCAAGCUCUGCGGCAACUUGCAUACAAAGGAAAGUUACCCAAUUUGCAUGAGUUCUAUAUGCAGUUGGAGCGCCGCAGAUUCAUGUAUAGCUUCUUUUCGUUAACAUUUCAAUUGUUAAUGAUUUAUAAUGGCACUGAAGUGCCAGAGUUUUGGAAAUUGUAUAGCGAUGAGCCAGCGGCUAUUCGUAUGCAGGAUUCUUUUUAUGAAGGCGAAAGAGCUCAACACCUUGUUGAACGGUUACUGCAUUUAUUUGAUGUCAGAGGACUGUUAGAUGAAUAAAAGAAUCUGCAGAAUCCCAAUAUAUAAUUAUUUAUUAAGCAUUUUUUUAGAUAUCUUA